GCAACUCUCAUCUUUCAGAUAGUUUUGGGGAAUGCCAACAGGGGCUAAGGCUCAAGUGCACCUAACCUCUUUCUCAGCUUAAAAAUUUGAGAAAUUUGAGUUUGGCUGAUUUUCAAGUUUUCUGCCUCCCCUCAAUCCUACGUGCCCUUUUUUAAAUUAGCUGACAAUUAUUUCAAACCCCCUGUACAAAGUAAAUUCAUCGUGUCUGGAAGAUUACCUGUUGCAUUCAAUGACUGUUCGACAUUAGUGCAGUUCGUCAGGCUAAAAAGGUUUAUUAUUCAAAUCCCCAGUUUCUUUAAAGGAUAAUGUUGAUGCUGAGAGUAUUAGGCAGGCUCUUAAAUAAGGGUGCCACUUGGAAGCUUUUAAAUGCGCCCCAUGCUAAAGAACAGCUACCAAGAUCGGCAAAUUGCCUUUCCUGCAUUCAUCCAGGACGUCGCCAGUACAGCAACAAACCCAUUUGUCCCCCAAAUCAGCAAAAGAAAGAGCGGGAAACUGGGGGAGGUGGAGGAAAGUUCCUUUUUACUAUAGGGGCAAUAACAUUGGCUGGCGGAGCAACUUUAGCCUACGCUAAAUACGACGCAGACUUCCGGAAAACGUUAACAACCUACCUGCCUUUCACUGAGCCAGUUUUAGACUCAGUCGACAGCUUAUCUCCCGCAGCUUUAUAUGAAUCCACUAAAAAGUCAAUUUUAAGCUCAUUCUCCGGUGGUGAUGACACGAAACAACUGCCUGGAAAUCAGGACCCGAUUCCCGAACCCAAAGAGUAUAAAGCGCCGCCGCCGAUUUUGCCCGCUUUGGAAAAGGAAGUGAAACAGCACGAAGAAAUCUACAGUGAAAUUCGUAUAGAAAAGACUGACAAAGAUUGCCACUGCGAGUCGGAAGUUGACAUUGCCGGAGCUCCCAAGCCUCAAUUGGGCCCCACAAACACCAAAUCUCUAGCCGAUCUUGAACAGAAGAUUUGCAAAUCAGCCGAAGAUGCGGUGAAUGCUUACAACAAAGCUGUCCAUGUUCUACUCAGCUACAAUCGCGAUAUUGAGUACAUCAUAGACGAGGCUGUGAACGAAAUCAAGCCGGAAAUUUGGGACAGCAUUAGAGAUAAAACGCGCCAGAAGAACGAAUGCAUACGGAGGGCGCAAGAGAAAGCAGACGAAGCUACCAAGGACGUAAAUCGGCUAAAGGAGCUGAUUUCCAGUCCGGAUUUCGAUGCGCCUGAUAACACCAAAGUUAUUAUAAGGAACAACAUUUCAAAGGUUCAGGAUGAUGUGGAAACUGCUAAACGCGCAUUGGCUUCCGAGUUGAAACACGGCAAUGUAACAGAAAAAUAUUGGGAUAAAGUGGAAAAGGCGCGAAAGAACUUUUCCGAAGAGCUAGAAAUCCUUUUCCCCAAUGUCGAUAUAUCCAAAAAACGCCUGAGCGUCGACCAUGAGGAUCUGGAUUUAUUCAUUUUGCACGUCUACGCCAAUGUGCUGUUCUAUCAAAAGGAACUCGCUAAAAUGGAAACAAUGUUACAAAGUAGAGUGGACCACGCUGUAGAAGAAGCGAAAAGAGGCGGCUUGGAGCCGUUAACAGUCGCCCAAAUCUGUGAGGCAGUAGAACAGGAGAAAAGACGAUUAACUGCAUGCUUCCAACAGCAGGUGCUAAAGUUGCGGAAAGAGGCCGAACAAGAACUGUGCCAACAACUAAAGCGACAAUCGCAAGCCUUUAACGACCACCUAGCAGAGGCGAUUAAAAUGAGGGAAAUUGAAAUCGAAAGACUCUUGUCGAGGAAGUUUGAUGAACUGUUGGAGGAAGAAAGGUGCCGGUUCAAGAUGCAAAUAUCGGCAAUGGUGGGGCGACUGCGGGGGCUGGAUGAAGGCAUUAAAGCUAGAAACGAUGCUGAUGCCUCCUCAAAACAAGCUCAAGUGUUGUGGAGCGCCUGUCAGUCUCUUUUAAGAGCAAUCAGGACUGGGUGUCCUGGAAUAGCUUGGAAGGAUCAAAUUCGCCCCUUGGAGCCUGAAAUUAACGCCGUUGUUAGAUCGGCAGCCCCAAAUGAUGAGCUGGUCUCAGUGGUGAUUAACGGCAUUCCGAAAGAAGCAAAAGAAAGAGGAGUUUUUCCCGAAGACGCUCUUAGAGAGCGGUUUUUUAAGGUUGAGAAAGUAGCGCGAACAGUUGAUCUGGUUCCAUCUGAAGGUGCCCCCCUUCCUGUGCAUGUGUUGUCGUACAUCCAAUCCCUUUUGCUGAUUAAAUCGCCCAGCCCCAUUCCGCAAGCUGAGCUGAAUGAUGAGAAAGCCGAUUUCAGCCAAUUGAACACCAACGAGAUUCUGCAAAGAGCUAGAUAUUGGCUGGAUCGUGGCGAUUUUGCGCAAGCCCUAAAGUACAUGAACUUGCUGAAAGGGGCCCCCCGAUGUGUGGCUAGACAGUGGAUGAAUGAGACCAGAAUUCUACUGGAAACACAACAAGCUGCCACCACUCUGAUGGCACACGCAGCCUCUAGCGGCUUGAUGUACUUGUAACUGAUGGAAAAGCUGAAAUAUUGUUGAGAAGUAAUCCACUUUUUUGAGGUGUGUAUGUGCACAUUGAAAUUAUUUAUUGUUGAUGCCAACUUUAUGAAAAUAUAUCAAAUCGAACUAA